AUGGAUCACCUACACGGAGAGGCGCACAGCGCUGAUGAUAAGCAACCCAAUGAGUUCAGCACUGCGGCUGCUUCGUCGAGCGCAGACAUUCCAGCUGGGCCAUCGCGCCAGGAGGAGGGCGAAUAUGACAUCGAGACAGUCGAGAAGGUCUACAGUUCUAACGAUACUAUAGCUUUUUGGGUUCUUUACUUCGUCUGCUCGGCCAUUCGGUCCAAUAUUGGUAUCGCGCAGACCAUGAACGCAGCUCAAGGUCAUGACUUGAUGACGGUCCUCGGUCUGACGGCCAGGGACACUUCAACCGCAUUGGCCCUUUUCUAUGUAGCAUAUGUCAUCUUCGACUGUCCCUCCAAUCUCGUCAUGGCCAAAUUAAGCCCCCGGAUCUGGAUGGCUCGCAUCGUCAUCGCGACUGGUAUCAUCGGCACCUGCUUCGCUGCCGUUCAGAGUGCCUGGAGUGUCAAGCUGCUUCGGUUCUUGUUGGGUGUUGUCAUUGCAGGCAUGUGGCCGGGAAUGUCGUAUUACCUGACCUUGUUCUACCCGCCGUCUCGGACGGGCAAGAGAAUCGGCAUGUACUUUACAGCUGCCCAGCUCUCGGCCGCCGUCGUCGGUCUUGUAUCUGCUGGGUUCCAACUUAUGGAUGGUCUCGGAGGCCUGGUUGGCUUCCGAUGGAUGUUCCUCAUCUACGGACUUGUCGCCGUUGUGCUUGGUUUUUCCUUGCUUUGGUGGCUUCCUGACCGUCCCCUUCCGCCUGGUCAGAAGCGUGAACGACCGAACUGGCUGAAGUGGCUUCCACCCACCCCAGAAGCACUUUCCGGCCAGGAUGCCGUCAUUCAUUACCAUGACCUUCGCCGGGUCUACCACCCGAGACCCUGGACCCUCAGAGACCUGGUCAGGGUUCUCAUCGACUGGCGUCUUUGGCCUUUGACCUUCAUGUACUUCGGGGUCGUUGGCGUCGGUAUCGGAACUCAGCUUUAUGGGUCCGUCAUCAUCCGUUCCAUUGUGCCCACGGCAACGAGCAUUCAAGUCAGCUUGCUCUUUGCUCCCAUCUGGAUCAUGGACUUGAUUGCUAUUCUGCUGGUGAUGCCACUUUCCGAUCGCUUCCACGGCCACCGACCUUUCAUCUUCUCGGCCGCCGUGUGCAUUCAGAUCACUGGUCUGCUUGUCGUCACUUUUGCCCUCGACAACGGAUGGGCUCGGUACGGCGGACUUUUGAUGGUCGGAUUCGGCCUGGGCCCAACUGUCCCCAACUGCAUGACUUGGACAAAUGAGAUCUUCCAGCGCCGCCACGGCGAGGUUGGAGUUGCAGCUGCUACUGCCCUGGUGUCCGGUCUCGGAAACCUCGGAAGUAUCGUCACUACCUACGCUCUUUACACGGGAUGGCCAGAGGACGCUGCCAAGGGCCGUUACCAGUACCGUCGCAGCAACUACGCAAUGAUCGGCAUCCUCUGCCUGAGUAUUGCCAGCAGCUUCGCCAUGUUUUUCCUUUUGAAAAUCUUCGGCAACAAACCCGCCAACAAGAUCUCAAACCUUGACUCUUCCAGCGAGGUCGAAGACGGUGCCGCGAGACGCGAAGCCCGGGAGCGAGGCUUCGGAAAGCUGUUCCCUCGUAACACGCAGCGCCAGGAAGCCUAA